GGCGGCGCGGGCCGGGCUGGUGCCGGGCGUUGCGGCCCGCUGUGAAUUAUUCAGCCUGGGAGGACCCGGGCUGUGAAUUAUUGAAGGCAGCAGCAGGGAGCACUAGCCGCGUUAGUUCCAGAGACUGUCACCUCAGCUGGCCGGGCCGGGUGGGGGCGGCCGGUGGAGGGUGCCCGGGACCAGAGGGACUCAGACCCCUGUGAGUCCCUGCAUAGCCCAUUCAUUCCUCCACCUCCACAAGUGUUUACGGAGCCCCCGCCGUCUGUGCUAGAUCCCAAGGAUCCUCUGGGGCUGGAUUGCGGGAGCCCAGUUCUCAUAGGGUGUGCGGGCAGUACCACGGGAGAGGGAGCCAGCAAGUCGGGAAACACAAGCAUUCACGGCCAGGAGUUGUAUAUUUGCUGACAACCACCGGCUCGUGUUCCCUGUUGAUGCAUCACUCCUAGGCAUGAGUUUCUUUCAUCUGAACUACUACCGUGGAUAAACCCAGCGUCCCUCUUGAGAAUGACUGGUUGGAUUUGGCCUACCUUCUGCCUGAUACACUGGUCAGACAUUGAAUAAUCCAUUUUCUUUAUUAAACAGGGGACUGAACAUCUGCAACCUGGUAUCAGCUUACAUGCAUAUUCCAUGUUUUCUAUGACAGAUGACCCACAGUUGACCUUAAGUGCCAAUAACAGGCUUUAAAUCCUUUGCAUAAUAGGGACCUAAACUUUCAUCUUGUUUAUAAAACACUCUUUUUUAUUUCCAGAGAGGCUCAUGACCCACUUGUAUAGGUGACUUGAAGGAAUAGUAUUUCGAGGAAGUUUGUCAACUGGCCUAAGCAUUCUUCCGUUUACUUCUUGCAAAUGUCUUAUGAAACUUUAAUUCCAGAUGUGUCUUGGGAUGUGAGGCUGGUAUGGUAUUCUAUAGCAAUGACACCUGGGCCACUUUUGAAGCCAUCAUUUGAUCACCUGUCUAUCAUUUAGACCUGCAGAAAUGACUUUUAAAUCAAAAUACCUGUCUGCAUUAGUUACUCCAAGCUGAGAAGGCCACUUUAGGAAGAUUGGCUGAGUGGCAACGGUGAUAGAAUGUUUAUAUUUAGCCACAGGUGCCUGUCACAAGUUUAAAAUGCUUUCCUGUAAGACCAUUUGUGUUACUUAUGUUCUUUUUCAUCUAUAUUUAGGUGGCUUACUGUAGCUUUUAAAGUCAUAGACUUUUUACAUGGUUUUGGUGAUUCAUAGAUCGCCUCCCUAAAUUCAUUGUAGUAUUUCUGACAGUCCCUUUAAGAAGACCUUUUAGGAUUCUGAUUUUAUGUUUUAGCAGGCUGGAUAAAUGUGGGAAAGUCUUCCAGCCUUGGUUUCGAGUCAAAUCUCACAGCACUCACCGAGAUUUAAACUCAUAUCCCAGGCAUAUGAAGUGCUUUCCGAUCCAAAGAAAAGGGACAUUUAUGACCAGGGCGGAGAACAGGCAAUUAAAGAAGGAGGUGCAGGUGGCCCCAGCUUCUCUUCACCCAUGGACAUCUUUGACAUGUUCUUUGGUGGUGGUGGACGGAUGGCUAGAGAGAGAAGAGGCAAGAAUGUUGUGCAUCAGCUGUCUGUAACUCUUGAAGACUUGUAUAAUGGAGUCACAAAGAAAUUGGCCCUCCAGAAAAACGUGAUCUGUGAGAAAUGUGAAGGCAUUGGUGGUAAGAAGGGAUCGGUGGAAAAGUGCCCGAUAUGCAAGGGGCGAGGGAUGCAGAUCCACAUCCAGCAGAUCGGGCCGGGCAUGGUGCAGCAGAUCCAGACUGUGUGUGUUGAGUGCAAGGGCCAGGGUGAGCGCAUCAACCCCAAGGACCGAUGUGAGAGCUGCAGUGGCGCCAAGGUGAUCCGUGAGAAGAAGAUUAUCGAGGUACAUGUUGAAAAAGGUAUGAAAGAUGGGCAAAAGAUACUGUUUCAUGGAGAAGGAGAUCAGGAGCCUGAGCUGGAGCCUGGUGAUGUCAUAAUUGUGCUUGAUCAGAAGGAUCAUAGUGUCUUUCAGAGACGAGGCCAUGACUUAAUCAUGAAAAUGAAAAUUCAGCUUUCUGAAGCUCUUUGUGGCUUCAAGAAGACUAUUAAAACCCUGGAUGAUCGAAUCCUUGUUAUUACAUCCAAAUCAGGUGAGGUGAUAAAGCACGGGGAACUGAAAUGUGUGCGAAACGAAGGAAUGCCCAUUUACAAAGCACCCCUGGAAAAAGGGACUCUGAUCAUACAAUUUUUAGUAAUCUUUCCUGAAAAACACUGGCUUUCUCCAGAAAAGCUUCCUCAAUUGGAAGCUUUGCUUCCUCCUCGACAGAAAGUGAGGAUUACAGAUGACAUGGAUCAGGUGGAGUUGAAGGAGUUUAACCCCAGUGAGCAGAACUGGCGCCAGCAUGGGGAGGCCUACGAGGAGGAUGACGAUGGGCCCCGGACUGGAGUGCAGUGCCAGACGGCAUGACAUGGCACAGUACAGCACCGCCCGCCAGACUAGCACACGAUGAAUGUAAAGUUGGCACAAUGAAAAUGGCAUCGCUUUAAUGGCGUCAUGUUUGGGGUGUCCUGUGUAUGUGUUCAGCAUUCAAUUGCUGAGUGUCUUUUUGGUUUUUCUUUUGGUUGUAACUUAAGUUAUAGCUUAAUUUAUAUUUAAAUGUUUUAAGUGUGAAUCACCUCUAUUCUGCAUAUGGAAUCUGUUCAUUUACAUUUUCAAGAUAUGCUUUUGAGAUGCCAGGGACCUUCUGGCUUUGCCAUAAUUCAGUCCCACCAGUAAAGCACAGCCCAGAUAGCAGCAGUUAGCCCUCUAGCAACCCCCAAGGCACAAAGUGGUCCUCCUGGCCCAUCUGUAGGUCUGUGGUUCUUUCCCCUCCCUCCCUCAGCAGAGUUACUAGGGUGUAAUCUCAGGGCUGCUAAUAAGACAUUUCUGAGUCUGGACUCUAGAUAGUCCUCUUAAAACAUAAAAGCACAUCUUUGCCUUGGACUUGGCUUCACGUGCCUAGUUAGCACACCCAUUGUUGCAGGGUCACUUAGUCCCUACUGUUCUAUGCCCUUCCGUGACUGGAAUGGGGUGUGUGUCUAAUCAUCUCUUUUGGAAGUCUUCUGACUCUUCCAAGCCCUCUGGUGAGGAUAAACCAGUGUUGAUACAACUGUUUGCCUAUGACUCCCUCACCUUGUUCUUUGUGAUUUUAUGAUUUUUGUUGACAAUCUUUGCAGUGCUCCCCCACCAAAGUGCUCACUUGUUAAAGACUGAACCCUUCCAGGCCCCCAGAAACCUCAGUGCAGCAACAGAAGACAAGGGAGAAAGCUGGUGGUUUGUCCUUACGGUACACCAGCUUCUCCUCUGACCAGUAUUUCUGGGGGACUUGAGGAUCUGGAAAGGCAUAGAACUUCUCAGUGUUUUCCACCUCAUUCUCCCGGGUUCAGCUCCCUUCCAAAGGAUCACUCCUCUCACUGUACAGCCAUAUUACAAAGGGCUUCCUGCUUAAGUGAUACUUUGGCAAGAAUUGCACUAACCGACUUGUACUGUGGACUACAGUUCGUAAGGACUACCACUGUAAAUUAUAGCUUGUUUGGAAGGAUGUUAGUCAUUAUCACUGGCAGGCAGACUACAAUUUGAACUUAGUGUUACCUCAACCUUUAGCUAUUACCGCUUAUUACUUUCCCACAAGUUGUGAAAAGUAACUUCAGCCUUCUAAACUGCUGGAUUAAAGUAGAAGCCCCCUGCCAGAUUUGGUUAUAUACUACCUGAGAGUUUGACUCACAGCAGGGACCUCCCAUAGGAGGGGCAAAUGGCAGAUCAGACCAUCGCAGAUGGGGUGAGCCAGCUGGAUGGACCAGGUUCCUGGAGAACAUUGCAGUCUAAUGGGGCAUAAUUUGCUUGAAGUACAGAAAGACCCCACUUGUGCCUGCUUUGAACAUUUGGUCAGGAUAGAUGGAAAAUGGAUUCUUCCAACAACUUGGCAGAGUUGAUGUGAAAAUCAACUUCUAAAUGGACCACAAUUCCAGGGUGUUUUGUCUGUGCUGUGACUUCCUAACUAUUGCUAAAGAACUAUUGUUUAGUUGGUGAUGGAACAACAUUACACAUUCAGCUCCUUGUCACGUAAGAGGAAUGUGGAGGGUGUUGCUUAAUUUUAUUCCACCUGUGUAUCUGUCACCUUAAAAUUAAAAUUGAGCUGAUCUGA